CAGCAGUGCCCCUUUAAAUACCCAGAGAGAGGGUCGGGGAGGGGAGGCAGGAGAGAGGAACAGGAAGAGGAGGGCAGAGCUCCGGGCAGGCUGCAGUCUGGGCAGGGAAAUCCGAGUGCUGCUAUGUCCGAUCCAGAGGAAGGAAAUCACUAGAUCGCACCGAUUUAAUGAGAAGAUCUGCUUUGUACAUGUCACCUUCUAACGUCUUGGCUCUUCUCAUAUUUUGAGCGUGGACCAACUGAAAAAACCCCAAGCCUGAGAUUAAAAGGUCUCGACUAAAACAGAGGAACCCCAUACUGAGCCUCAAGCUUUGUCUGUCCACUGUUCAUAUCGAACAUGACCUCCGCCUACGAUAUCCUUCGCUUCCAGCUGCCCGGCCAUGAAGCAGCCACACUGCGCAGCAUGAACCAGCUGAGAACGGAGGAACGCUUCUGUGAUGUAACUGUCUUCACCGACGGGCUCAAGUUCAGGGGGCACCGCGUGGUGCUUGCCGCCUGCUCCCCUUUCCUUAGAGACCAGUUCCUUCUGAAUCCUGGUUCUGAACUCCAAGUUUCCAUCAUGCAUGGGCCAAGGGUGGUAUCUGACCUGCUACUGUCUUGCUACACUGGACUCCUGGAAUUCUCCGUCAGGGAUAUUGUGAACUACCUAACAGCGGCCAGCUAUCUGCAGAUGGAACACGUGGUUGAAAAGUGCCGCCAGGCUCUGACCCAGUUUAUCGAUCCACAGAUAGGUCUGAGGGAACCGAAAAGCAUGCCGUCUCGUGGUGCCACGUCGACGACCUCCACAAGUACAAUGCGCCCGAUUCGCCCAGCGGAGAACUCCAAGCCCAUGAAAGAGGACGAGAGCGAGGAGGAGAUGUUGAUGAUGGCAGAAGAAGAAGAGGAUGAUGAGGAGGAAGAUGAAGAAUCUCCUGCAGAUAUUUGUAUCGUGAAAGUGGAGGCUGGUGUGGGAGGUGGAACAGGAGGAAAGGGAGGUCGUUCUUGGAGGAAAGGACGAGAGGAGCAUAAUUCAGUAGCCCAACCGGAAGAGGCUUUGGUCAAUUCUACGGUAGAGGGAGAGAAUGUGGAUGGAGCUGUCCAACAAGGAAUCAUGAAGGCCAUCUACAGUGAUGAAGUGGAAGGUGGUGAAGGGGUGCUGAUUAUACCCAGCAGUUAUCAUGAAGAGGAGGAAGAGAUUCUGGAUGGAGGGAUUGGUGGGUGCCAAAGCAGUGUGGUGAUUGAAGGAAGUUCUAAAAGUUCUCUUGGUGGUCCAGGAGGCUCAUCCUCCCUUGGCACAAUGUUCAUUGGCGAUGCCAGGUUUGGCAAUAGACGAUCUUUAAGGUGUACUAAAUGUGAAGAAACUUUCCAAGGGGUGGAGAAACUCGUCUUUCACAUGCGGGCGCAACACUUUGUCUUCAUGUGCCCACGUUGCGGCAAGCAGUUCAACCACAGCAGUAACCUGAACCGACACAUGAACGUGCACAGGGGCGUGAAGUCCCACUCCUGCAAUAUAUGCGGCAAAUGCUUUACCCAAAAAUCUACCCUACAUGACCACUUAAACCUGCACAGCGGCGAGAGGCCGUACCGCUGUUCUUACUGUGACGUGCGAUUUGCCCACAAGCCGGCCAUAAGACGUCACCUCAAGGAGCAGCAUGGGAAGACCACUGCGCAGAACGUCCUAGAGGCCGGCGUGGUAGAGAUGAAUAUUUCUGCACACAAUGCCCUGGAAUCUGGGGCACCUGAUUUGAAUUUAAUGAUGGGCUAGACUCAAGGAUCAGAAUGUUUUUUAGGCUUUAACUUGUUUUUAGCUAAUUUGCACUAAUACACGGCCGGUUGUACUUUUUUAUAGACGUUGUGACUUUUUAGUUUCGUUGACUACUGUAGUUUACAGACCUCACUGUAGAGAGUGAUGUGCCCCUAGACCUGCAGGAUCUCAAGGGGUUGAAGACUUGGACUCGAGCUGGUUUUGACCAUCAUACCGAUGACUGUAACUCGUCCGUUUCUUCUCCCGGUUUCUGCUGUAGCAAUACUGAAUUUUCUAAUCAUAUUCCAUGUUUUAUUAAGGAUUUGUCCUCGUCUCUUUGACCCUCUUUUUACUGUUGUACAAGGAAAAUAGUGUUCAAAUGAAAGAAAACAUAGAGUUGUGGACAUUUUUAGAUUAAAUACUCUGUGCU